GCUUUAAGCUUUUUGAGUACGUCGACAAGGCAAGAGGAGUUCUCACUUCCAGCGACGAGAGGACCAAACAAACAAAACAAAACGCAGCUCACCAGCUAACUAGUUAACUAGCCAACUAACCAGCGGCUUUGUGGGCCCAACGAGAAGACAAGAUGGUGGCCAAGCAGAGGAUCCGAAUGGCGAACGAGAAGCACAGCAAGAACAUCACUCAGCGGGGCAACGUGGCCAAGUCUAAUAGGAACCUGACUGAGGAUAAAGGUGUCGGACCUUGGCUGCUGGCGCUCUUCGUCUUCGUGGUCUGCGGUUCUGCCAUUUUCCAGAUCAUCCAGAGCAUCAGGAUGGGCAUGUAGUGAUGACGUCAUCACACUCGCUGACCAACCAAAACAUUCCUGAACUUUGACCUGCGACCCCCCACCCCCUACACACACACACACACACACACACACACACACACACACACACACACA